AUGGCGGACUCUGACAACGCUGUCCUUCCCGUUGAGAAGAAAGAAUUACACGUGCCAGAUUACAACGAAGUCGUCAAAGUUUUACAAGAUGGUUUGAAAGCCAACUUCAGUGAGGUCAGUGUUGGUGUUGUGGAUUGUCCGGAUCUCACUAAAGAACCUUUCACCUUAGCAGCACCUGGCUUAUGUGGCAGACCACGCAUGGCAGACAUUGGUGGUGUUCCUUAUCUCAUGCCACUAGUACAGAGGCAUAAGAAAUAUAACUUUCAAGACAUUGCUGAGAAAAUUGAACUUCCUGGAGCUUUUUUAAUUGGUGCUGGUGCUGGACCAUUGCAUGUGGUCGGCACCAAUAGUGAAAUGAUGACGAAUAUCAAUCUAAAUAAUGGUGACAACAGUACGUAUACAUGUAAAAUGCAUACUGAAGAUGAGAAUUCUUAUAUUUUAGAAAAAGGUCUCUCACUGGAUUGUAGUUUAUUAGCAAAUAUUUAUGCGAGUGAUGGAAAACCAGGAAAGGUGAUUGAAGUAAAAGCAAGUACUCGUACAGGUCCUGAGAACUUUGUGACAUGUAUGCGAAAAGCCUUGAAGGAGAAGUAUGGUGACAAACCAGUGGGAAUGGGAGGAACUUUUAUCAUCGAGAAAGGAAAGGCCAAAAUUCAUAUCAUGCCUGAUUUCUCAGAGGUGCCAUUGGACUCUAAUGAAAAAGUCGAUCAGUGGUUGAAAUUUUUUGAUAUGAAAGCCAUAUUGGUGUGUUUAAGUGUCUUUAUAUCGCAUGAUCCGGGACUAGAUUUACGAGUAGAACACACGCACUGCUUUAACAAGCAUGAUGGUGGAGGUGGUCAUUAUCACUACGACGUGACACCCGAUGAUGUAGUAUAUCAUGGAUACUUUGUACCGUCCGAAUAUAUGUACAGGAUAGAUGCACCAACAGAAACGCACAUGAUUGGCAGAGAUUAGAAAGCAUCAUUUCAUUUUAUUGGUGGGAAAAAUAGGAGACAGUUGAUUGGUUCAGAUUAGAAAGCAACAUUUCACUUUACUGGUGGGAAAAAUAGGCGACAGUUGAUUGGUUCAGAUCAGAAAGCAACAUUUCACUUUAUUGGUGGGGAAAAUAGGAGACAGUUGAUUGGUUCAGAUCAGAAAGCAACAUUUCACUUUAUUGGUGGGAAGAAUAGGAGACAGUUGAUUGGUUCAGAUUAGAAAGCAACAUUUCACUUCAUUGGAGGGGAAAAAUAGGAGACAGUUGAUUGGUUCAGAUUAGAAAGCAACAUUUCACUUCAUUGGCGGGGAAAAAUAGGGGACAGUUGAUUGGUUCAGAUCAGAAAGCAUAAUUUCACUCCAUUGGUGGGAAAAAUAGAUGACAGUUGAUAGGUUCAGAUUAGAAAGCAACAUUUCACUUCAUUGGAGGGGAA